AUGGAUAGAUUGAAUGAAAUACGGAGUGAGGCGGGAAGCUCGCGGGAUUUAACACUGGACACUUCGUCUCCGCCGAGUGAAUCUUAUAUGACAGCUAACGAGAGUUCUUCAAAAUAUUUUUCUCUAUCUGAAGUAGAUUCGACAUUUGAAAUAUCCCCCUCGAAGGAUACGUCGAACGCCGAAUCGGAUGGUACCUUAACUACUGAUUCCGACUUGAUCUCUAAUCUAUCUCCGAUUCCGAAAAAAAAUGAUUUAGAUAGUUACAAUAUUGGUAAACAAAUAGAAGCUGCCAAUAUUUUGUCAGGUGGUGUCAAUAUUUUUGAUGAUAAUGAAAAUUCUUAUGAUGGUGAUGAGCUUGUUAUAGAUGAUAAUGUAGCUGUGGACGAGGAAAAGAAUAGUGAGAAAUUAAAUGAAAGUACAGCGCUUUCUUUAGAAAAAACUGUAGAAAGCUUGGAAAGCUUAGAUGAGUCUGAGGCUAUACCGAGUAAAGAUACUGAAGUGGUGCUACAAAUAGAUGGAAAGAAUGUUAAUGCUAUUGAUAUUGGUAAUGGAUUAUAUUUAUAUAGAAAAGCUGGUCAAGAGGAACUGGCUGCUGUGCAGAUUGUUGAUGAUGAUCAACAGCAGCCAAGCUUUAAGUUUUUAAAAGUGCGAGAAAAUGCAGAGGGAAAUUUGGAAGUUUAUGAAGAAAUUGAAAUUGAAGUUCCAAAAGAAGUGCCUAUCAAGGAAGGGAAACUUGUUGAAAAGACCUCCCAUGUGCCUAUAAAGGAAAUAAACAAAGUGAUAAGUGAGCCUUCAAUAAAUAAAGUCACUGAAAAAGUAAAUGUAACACCAAAGAAUGAUUUAAGUAUAGCGAAAGAACCAGGUUCUGAACCUACUAUUGAUUUGCUAACUGAAUCAAAAUCUGAAGUAAACUUAAAUGGAAAAAUGAUGAAGUUUAAUGAAUCUCGAAAAUCUCCUGUCAUAGGUACAUUUACACCUAUGACAUUUCACUCCACACCAAAUAAAGAAGGAAUUCCUCUUACAAAAACUAUGGUUGACCAACAAUUGCAUCCAAGUCGACAUUCAGAUAAUAUUAAAAAGACCAUAGAAGUUCAUACAGAUAUUAGCAGACAAAAAUUAUCUGAAACACCUACAAAAAGUAAAGAUAAUAAUACCAAUGAAAUAAUAAAAACUGAUGAGCAAAGUGGAUUGGCUGGAAAUGAAGUUGAAAAAGAAUUAGAGACGGACUCAAAGCAAUUACUUAUGGUUUCAGAGGCUUACAUUACUGAAGAUAAUAAAGAAGCAGAUACCUUUGCUAAAACAGAAAUAAAUUGUAAAGAGUCUGUUGCAGUUAAGGAACAAACAAUUGACCAGGAGGAACCCAAGCAUGACCAAGACCAAAAGUUAGAAAUCUCUCAGACUGAGAAAUAUGUAGAAAAUAUUUCUACAAAGGAUGAGAAUACUUCAAUAAGUAUUCAAGAUGCACAAACAAAUGAACUCUCUCCAAAUCUAGUAUCAGAAAAACAUAAAGAGGAUACUGAUCUCCAUACUAAAGUUGAGGAAAUUAAUUCUGUUAAAGACAUUGUUACUGAAAAAGUCUUAAAAAUCGACAGUACAUUGUCAGAUGAGAAAAUGAUAGUAACAGAUGUUGAAAUGCCUAAUACAGGAGAUUCAAAAGAAACUACAUCAAUAAAAGAAAGUGACAAGAAUUCACAACCUAAAGAAGUAAUUGAAAUAUCAGAUGAAGAAACCAAACAAGGUGAAGACACAUCAUUAAGGAGUUCUGUUGAUGAAUCAAAUUUAGUUAUUGAUGAUGAAGUUAUAACUAAUACAACAGAAAGCAAAGUCGAAAAUGAAAAACUUGAAGAAAAUGCUACAGAGACUUCAUCGAAAAUUGUUGAACGAAACAAUGAGCGUUUAGAGGAGAAACUGUGUGUUUUAACUAAAGUAAAUGAGACAAAUGAAGUUGUUUGUGAUAAAAAAUUAAUAACAAUAAUUCCACCCCAUACAGAAAAACAUGAAAUUGAAACAAUUGAAAUAAAAGAUAUUACAUCUGAUAAUAUUUGCACAGUAGUAUUGCCAAAUGAAGAUCAUCGUGGGAUAACAUCACAUAAAUAUAUCGAAAUAAACAAUGACAAGCACGAUGCAAAAAAUGUUCAAAAAACUAAUGACCAUGAGAAACUAAAGGUAAAUUCUGAACCACCUGUGGAUGAUAACAAAUUCGAUAGUGAAGAUGUGCACAAUAGUGAAUUAAAUGAUGUAAAGCAAAUUAUGAAAGAAAAUGACAUUGCAUUAGAAAUUGUAAGCACAACAAAUUUAUCGGAAGAGAAAAAUGUCAUAGUGCCUGCACAAGAACCAAUGAAUAAAGAAAAACCUAAGGUUAAUAUUGUAUCUAAACUAACAUUUAAAGAUACUAAAAUACCUCAUGUUAUAAGCAAUAACAAGCAAAACAUACAUACAAAACCUCAAUCAGACACAAAAAAAAUUGAUGCAAAAAUAGAACUUCCAAAAAAAUGUGCUCUUCCAAAACCAAAUAAUAAUAAUAACAGCGCGGUUCCCUUUGGGAAAUGGACUGAAGCUAAUAGGCAAGAAUUCUUAAACAAAAUCAAGGAAGCUAAGGUGCCAUCGACUACAAAUGCUCAGCAACUAAAACAACCUAAUGAUCUCAACAGAAGAGACAUUUUGAAGAAAAUUGAUAGUCAAAGGCAAACAUCCAUUGUGAAUGCAAAAUCUGCAGAUUAUGGAGCUAUAUCUAAGCUUAACAUCAAAAAAGAAACUACAGUUUUUGUGAAUAAAACCCAACCAGCACAAUCAAAUAUACAGGAAACAAAAGUUGUAACUGCUAAAAUUCAGCAACCAUUGACUAAACUUAAACCGCUAAUGCCUAAAAAGUUACAAAAAGACGAUUCAGCAAAUCCUAUUCCAGCUACGAAAAAAAGUGUGCAGAGAAAAGAAAUUAAUAAUCAAGAGCUGAUAGAUAAAACUAUUGAAGGAAUCAUUAACAGAGCAAUGUCAGGAAAGUCCUCUGACACUGCGUCAGAAAAAUCUUCAUUUGAAAAACAAAAGGAUACUAAGCUAACAAUGGAUGAUAUUGAAAUGAAAAUGAAUGAAUUGCAUGGAAUAUCGAAUGAGGAGCGAAUGACACAUGCAAAUCCACAGUCUAUUGCUAAUGACAACACAAAAUACUCUAAACAAGAGGUUAAAGUGAAUAAAAGUACCAAAAUACCUAACCUCUUACCAUUCAAGAAUAAAGAUCAACCUAAUGUCAAGGAAAAUGUUGCUGAAGAGCCUUCAGACGAAGAAAUAAUAGAGCAUGAACCAAUCACGGGAGAUAUAGAUGUGAACAAACAAAGCCUUAUGUCUUUAUUGUCAAGUAACGAUAAAGUCCAAGAAAUUAGAAAAGAAGCAAUAAUUACAGAAAAAGAUUUUGACAAAUUUGCAAGAAGAAACUCUAUUACUUAUGAAAAUUGCUUGACAGUCAAUUUUGAUGGCAAAGAGCCUCAUAAUGUUAUACAAACGGUAGUAGAAAAGGAUCCGCCUAUCAAAAAAUUAUCCAGAAAUGAAUUGAUGCUUGCUGAAUCUAAAGCAAAAUCGACUAAUAAACAACAAAUUGCAAUGAGACAUAGUAAUCAAUUGAGUAAAAUACCUACAAAUGUAAAAACAGGGAGUGACGAAGAAGCAUUCAGCAAAAAUUAUCAAUCUAAAGUCCAAAUAGCUUACCAAACUGCUUUAACCGCUAAGAAACACUUAGAAUGCCCCAUUCCAAUAAUUGAAGAUAAGCCGGUUAAAGUUGUUUACAAUAUGGAUUCUGACAUGGAAUUUACACCAGGGCAGCUAAAUGUGCAAGGACAAGAACUAUCGCCUACUAAAAAACUUACAACGGAAUCUGAUAUUGUAGUGAAUAGUGCCUCUGAAUCUCUCGAUUCUGACAUAGUAGAAUCUAAUUACGAAGUCAAAACCGAUGAAGCAAAAUCUAAAAGCAAACAUCAGAGAAAACAGGUUUUGACUCCAGUUGAAGAACCAGAGAUAGAAUUAAUUGAACCUAGUGAUUUAGGUAUUGAAGUAUCUCCCAAGAAAAAACGUAAACUAGAGGAUAAAGGCGAGAAAAUCUCUAAAAGUCUUGUGCCAAAGAAAACUUAUCUACUCAAUCGUAAUAUUAUUGAUGAACAAGUAUCGAAAUCUCAAGAAUCCAUAAAGAAUUCAGUUAAAGAAACUGAAAAUGUAACUAAUACCUUCUCCAAUCAUACAGGUGCUAUAUCUGCAUUAGAUAACUUAGUUAAGGCUGCUGAAUUAAUUGAAAAUCAAUCUGAACAUAACAACACUUUGUCUAGUGUUCGGUCAACUGAUAGUCCCCAAACUACGCCAGUUAAAAGAGGUCGAGGUCGUCCAAGAAAAUAUCCAUUGCCUGAGCCUGGAUUAGAUGUAAGCAAAAUACCAAGUCCUCAAAAAAAGCCUCGAUUAAUAGAUGCUAAACCGCCAAAGAGUUAUACAGAUUCAGAUGAAAGUAGCGAUGGAGAAAUUAUAAAAGAAAAUUGGACGAUGGGCAAAAUUAAUGAAAAUAUAGUGUGCCCGAUUUGUUCAAAAUUAUUUAGAUCAGAAAAUGUCGUGUUUAAACAUGUCAAGCAUUGUACUGGUCCUUCGCCAAAUAGAUCUGAGUCAGAUAAGAGAAGUCCAAGGAGAUACAGACGAGGUGAUUCACGCGAUUCUGAUAGGAAAUCUCUAGAUAGUGAAUCAGACUAUACAGAUGAUGAGGAAGAAAAAAUUCGACGUCGCAAGUCGAAUUACAAAAUUUCUAAGUCUAUAAAUGAUAAUGACGAUGUUAUUGUAAUCGAAGAUACACCUGUCAAAGAGAAAGCAGAAAAACUUCAUAAAUCAAAAAAUCCUGAAACUAAAAUUCCGGAAUCUAAGAAAACUGUCACAAAAGCUAAAAUUCUACAUAAAACUAAUAACCUUAUUUGUGAAUUUUGUGGUAAAACGUUUAGACAGCUAUCAUAUUUAGUGAACCACAAGUUGCAACAUAAAAGAGAAGUUAGGAAUUCAGAAAGCGAAGAACAGAUAUCAAGUAGAUCAGUUUUUAGUUGUGAAGUUUGUAAGAAAGAGUUUAGGAAACUUCACCACUUAGUUCAACAUAGAAAUAUUCAUAACCCUACUUCAAUGAGUAGUAGAAUAUUAAGAAAAAGUUCAUCUGAACAACAUGAUAACAAAAUAUCAAAAAAUCCAUCUAUUGAUUCAAAACCAACUGACGAUGCCAGUGCCGGUUUUAGAUGUGAGCCAUGCGAUAAAUCAUUUAGAAAACUACAUCACCUCGUAGAACAUAGAGAAACACACGACGGCAUAAAUAAAAAAGGUUCUAACCCACAAAGCUCUAAUGAAACGUCUAAUAAACCAGCAAUAGCAUACCACUGCGAUAAAUGCAAAAAGAUAUUUAAAAAAUUACAGGAUUAUUUGGAACAUAAAGAUCAACACUUAGAAACCAGUUCAGAAAAGUCAGACGAUAAAAGCGUUAAGAGCUCACUAUCAACAAAAGACAUUAUCCACGAGUGUUCACUUUGUUAUAUGGUGUUCCCUAAUGAGCAUUCUUUGAAUAAACACACUGUUAUUUGUUUACGAAAGAAGAAACAAUCUGCAGCGAAGCAAGCAGCCAAGCAAACUGAAGGACAAGAAACAAUGGACACAGAUGAGCUUGUUGUCAGUGAAAAUAUAUCUCAAGAAGAUGAAUCAAGCAAAGAAAAUGAAAGCGUGGAACACAAAGAAGGAACGCCUAACGAUAUAGAACAAGAAUGUGAGAUUUUAGAACUGAAUAACAAAGAUGAAGAAAUGCCGGAGAUUCCAUUACAAGAAGAUAUAAAUGAUAAAAAUAAAUUGGAAAGAAAAAAUAGCUGUAAAGAAAGGAAAUCAAGUGAUAAGGAAAUUAUACCGGAAAAAAGGAGCAGUGCUGAACCAGAAAAAAGUAUAGCUGCUGAGACAGUAACACCUGAAAUAGAUGAGUCUGAAACGCCUAUUAAAAUCAAAAAAUUGGAUGUCAAUGAUGUUAUUACCAUUACUGACAGUCCCAUUUUGAAAAAGAAGACGCCAGUUAAAGAUAAAAUAGCUACGACUGGGACGAAACGACACAAGACUGUUAACGUAUCUCUUCCAGUCGUCGACGAAACUACGCCUAUGGAAUCAACCGACGAAGACGAAAUACGAUAUAUGUUGAAUCCAAACUUUAAAGAAAAUGAAAGUACUGAACGCAAAUUGUUUAUGAAAGUGAAUGCUAAAAAACGUAGUUCUCUUCAAAUCGAACGACCAAACUCAAAAGAUUUAGUGAAGAGAAGGAUUUCGCUGCAACAUCCACCAAAAAUACCACGGUUAAAAGUGAAGGCUGUUGAAGCCAGGCCUAUUAAUUCCCUAGCAGUAGAGAAGAAAUUAAAAAUGUCAGUAGUAAAACCACCAUCGUCCACAGAUUCUGACGAUAGUGAUGUAAAGUAUUCUUUCCCAAAAACAAGCAAAGAAGAUACACAAAAUGUAGAGAAAAAAGUCAAAAAAUCAUUGGCCGCUAAGCGAAAAUCACUGGGCGGAAUAGCGAAAAGGAAAUCAUUGGGAAAGCACAAAAUGGCGACGCCCACGAAUAAAACUAAGAAACGCACAACAGAAAUCGAGCAUAGAUGCGAUUGCGGGCAGUUGUUCAGUAGCGCGGCAUUGCUCUCGCGGCACACGACCCUCGCACACACGCCCCCUCGAAUACGACGUCGACGGUCCCCCCCACCGCCGCCGACACGACAAAUAGAGCCCCGAACAAAAUCCAAAACAAACGUGCAAUCUAAAAAGCUCAAAAGUGACCUUCCCUCGAAUAAAACCCCUACCAGGAAAUCUAGUGCUAAUAGUAGUGAAAAAAAAACAAGUGAUGUGGUCCAAAUCGAAUUUGUAGGCAAAAAACUGAGAAGCUCCGCUCAUAGAGGUGUGCCUGUGCCAGACAAAAUGAAGAAGAUGAUGGAUAAAUUAAAAAAG